CCCUCCACCCACCCACCCCGCGAAGUUGGUGGCCGGGGCCGAGCCCCAGCCCCGUGCAAAGUUUGCAUUUUCUUUUUCCCUCCGAGAAUCCUCGAAACUCUCCCUUUCCCCUCAGGAAGGAGCCCGGAGGAGGAUGUCGGCGACUGAGCUACUAGGCUUGGGCUCCGGCCCCGGCCCCCCGGCUCCCGGCCCGGCCCUGCCGCCUCCUCCUCCUCCUCCUCCUCCUUCUGCUGCUCCUCCUCUAAAGCCAAGUCCUUCUUUGCUAAUAGGGUGCAGACGCCGCUCUCUUGCCUUCUGGAGGAGACGGGACCUUUAGCAGGGAACACUGGACUCUUCCCCAACUCUGUCAGCAGGGUCCCGGUGACCGUUUAAAAAGAAUGGCUUGUAGUUGGGGAAAAAGAAGAAGAAGGAAGAAAAACCAAAUCCUGUUACCCACGGAAGCCAUGUUAUGAUCCACAAGUGUAUUUCAUUUAGACACUUUGUUGUUAUCCUGAACUGACUGGUGGAGACAGGGUCUUAGUCUGUCUGGUUUUUGUGAAUGGUUCGUUCGCUGGUGUUACCACUAAUGUUGUAGUCAUAUUUCAUUUUGUUAGCAUCUCUCUUUUGUAGGGUCUGGUGAAAUCUGUCUUCAGUUUGCGCCCUCCUCAUCUGUUUGAUAGUUCUACACCUUUAGGGGUUUGUUGCAUUUUGAGGGGAGAGAAGAUUUAGGAAGGGUGAACAGGUAUUGAUUUACUGAAGGUGCUCGUGAGCAAUUGUCUCUCUCCGUUACAAACAACAACCACCACAGCAACACACACUAACUUCUCAGUCUUUCCGUAGGGAGUUAGUGUGUGUGUAUUGGUCUCUUUUUAGGCUCUGCUUAGAAGAAGCCAGUUAAAACCACUGUUCCAUUCGGAUUAGUUCAGUGUCCACUUCACCGGUGAGACCUUCCAAGAUGAAAGGGGAGUUGAAAGUCUCUUUGAGUCCUGGGAUUUUAUGCUGAUGCUGACUUCAAGGGAAGAGCCCUGUUCAUUUGGAUUGCCCUGUGGGUAGAGGCCAGGGUUGUUCCCUCUACUGAAGGAAGUGAAACCAUCAACACACUUGCCCAGGCCAUAGACAACUUUUUGUUAUACCUGGCUGUGCUCAUUGCCUGGAAGGAACCUUUUGGGCAAAAGCAUUGAAGUCCAAAAUCUAUGGGGAAGGAGCCAACUCUCUCGUGUUGCCUUCUGCUUCCUGAGGAGAAAGAAGACAACUCAGGAGAGGCUUUCUUGACGGUCAUCUCAACAGAAGAGUGAGAGAUGGAACCCGAGGAAGAGAGAAUCCGCUAUAGCCAGAGACUGCGUGGCACAAUGCGGAGACGCUACGAAGAUGAUGGGAUUUCUGAUGAUGAAAUUGAAGGAAAAAGGACUUUUGACUUGGAUGAAAAACUCCACACCAACAAAUACAAUGCCAGUUUUGUCACCUUUAUGGAAGGAAAAGAUUUUAAUGUAGAAUACAUCCAGCGGGGUGGCUUGAGAGACCCUCUGAUUUUCAAGAAUUCUGAUGGACUUGGAAUAAAGAUGCCAGAUCCAGACUUCACUGUGAAUGAUGUGAAAAUGUGUGUAGGGAGUCGUCGAAUGGUGGAUGUCAUGGAUGUGAACACCCAGAAAGGUAUUGAAAUGACUAUGGCCCAAUGGACCCGCUAUUAUGAGACUCCAGAGGAAGAGCGUGAGAAACUCUAUAAUGUCAUCAGCCUGGAAUUCAGCCACACCAGACUGGAGAACAUGGUGCAGAGGCCUACCACGGUGGAUUUUAUCGAUUGGGUAGACAAUAUGUGGCCAAGGCAUUUGAAGGAAAGCCAGACAGAGUCCACAAAUGCCAUCUUGGAGAUGCAGUACCCUAAAGUACAGAAGUACUGUCUCAUGAGCGUCCGAGGCUGCUACACAGACUUUCACGUGGACUUUGGUGGCACCUCUGUGUGGUACCACAUUCACCAGGGGGGAAAGGUCUUCUGGCUCAUACCACCUACGGCCCAAAAUCUAGAACUGUAUGAGAAUUGGCUGCUGUCAGGGAAACAGGGAGACAUCUUCCUGGGUGACCGGGUGUCAGAGUGCCAGCGCAUUGAGCUCAAGCAGGGAUACACCUUUGUUAUCCCCUCAGGCUGGAUUCAUGCAGUAUACACCCCCACAGACACAUUAGUGUUUGGGGGCAACUUUUUGCACAGUUUUAACAUCCCCAUGCAGCUCAAAAUCUACAAUAUUGAAGAUCGAACACGGGUCCCAAAUAAGUUCCGUUAUCCCUUCUACUAUGAGAUGUGUUGGUAUGUGUUAGAACGAUACGUCUACUGCAUCACCAAUCGCUCCCACCUGACCAAGGAUUUCCAAAAAGAAUCCCUCAGCAUGGAUUUGGAGUUAAAUGGUUUGGAGUCUGGAAGCGUAGAUGAAGAGACUUCAGAGAGGGAGCCAAGGCGGCUGAGCAGCCGACGCUCUAUCCUUACCAGCCCCAUGGCCAAUGGAGUCAACAUGGAUUAUGAUGGGCUAAGCAAAACCUGUCGGAAUCUGCAAGGGCUGAAGAGAACCUUGUCUGUGGACUCCUCCUCAGAGUCUGGCCGGAGCUCACACAAUGGUCAAGUGUGGGAUCCUCAGUGUAGCCCUCGGAAGGACAAACAGGUUCACCUCACUCAUUUUGAGCUGGAAGGACUCCGGUGCCUUGUGGAUAAGCUAGAGUCACUGCCAUUACACAAGAAAUGUGUACCAACUGGGAUUGAAGAUGAAGACGCCCUCAUCGCCGAUGUCAAGAUACUGCUUGAGGAGCUCGCGCAUAGUGAUCCCAAGUUAGCCCUCACUGGGGUCCCCAUAGUACAGUGGCCCAAAAGGGACAAGCUUAAAUUCCCUACCCGGCCAAAGGUGCGGGUCCCCACCAUUCCCAUCACAAAGCCUCACACCAUGAAGCCUGCUCCUCGACUGACCCCAGUGAGACCUGCUGCCUCACCCAUCGUCUCCGGAGCCCGGAGGAGACGGGUUCGAUGCCGAAAAUGCAAGGCCUGUGUUCAGGGCGAGUGUGGAGUGUGCCACUACUGCCGAGACAUGAAGAAGUUCGGGGGACCUGGUCGCAUGAAGCAAUCGUGUGUCCUUCGCCAGUGUCUGGCACCCCGACUGCCUCAUUCGGUCACGUGUUCUCUCUGUGGAGAGGUGGAUCAGAAUGAGGAGACCCAGGACUUUGAAAAGAAGCUCAUGGAAUGCUGCAUCUGCAAUGAGAUCGUUCAUCCUGGCUGCCUGCAGAUGGAUGGAGAAGGGCUGCUCAAUGAUGAGUUGCCUAAUUGCUGGGAAUGCCCAAAGUGCUACCAGGAGGACACCUCAGAGAAAGUGCAGAAGCGUAAAAUGGACGACAGCGAUGAGGAUGUAGUCCAGGCCAAAGUCCUGCGGCCCCUGCGGAGCUGUGACGAGCCCCUCACCCCACCCCCGCACUCGCCCACUGCCAUGCUCCAGCUCAUCCAUGACCCAGUGUCCCCUCGAGGCAUGGUGACCCGCUCGUCUCCCGGAGCCGGCCCCAGCGACCACCACAGUGCCAGCCGGGACGAGCGCUUCAAACGGCGGCAGCUGCUGCGGCUUCAGGCCACAGAGCGAACGAUGAUGCGAGAAAAGGAGAACAACCCCAGUGGCAAGAAGGAGCUGUCUGAAGUCGAGAAGGCCAAAAUCCGGGGCUCCUACCUCACGGUCACUCUGCAGAGGCCCACCAAAGAGCUGCACGGAACGUCCAUCGUGCCCAAGCUGCAGGCCAUCACAGCCUCCUCCACCAACCUCCGCCAUUCGCCCCGGGUGCUGGUGCAGCACUGUCCGGCCCGAGCUCCCCAGCGUGGGGAUGAGGAGGGCCUGGCCGGAGACGAGGACGAGGACGACGAGGAGGAGGACGAGGAGGACAGUGCGGAGGAGGGCGGGGCGGCCCGACUGAACGGGCGGGGCAGCUGGGCCCAGGACGGGGACGAGAGCUGGAUGCAGCGUGAGGUCUGGAUGUCCGUCUUCCGCUACCUCAGCCGCAGAGAACUUUGCGAGUGUAUGCGGGUGUGCAAGACAUGGUAUAAAUGGUGCUGUGACAAGAGACUUUGGACAAAGAUUGAUUUGAGCAGGUGCAAGGCCAUUGUCCCCCAGGCCCUGAGCGGCAUCAUCAAGAGGCAGCCGGUCAGCCUGGACCUCAGUUGGACCAACAUCUCGAAAAAGCAGCUGACCUGGCUCGUCAACAGGCUUCCAGGCCUCAAAGAUCUCCUCUUAGCAGGCUGCUCCUGGUCUGCAGUCUCUGCUCUCAGCACCUCCAGCUGCCCCCUUCUCAGGACCCUUGACCUUCGGUGGGCCGUGGGAAUCAAGGACCCUCAGAUUCGAGACUUGCUGACCCCACCAACCGAUAAGCCUGGUCAGGACAAUCGCAGCAAGCUCCGGAACAUGACCGAUUUUCGGCUGGCCGGCCUGGACAUCACGGAUGCCACCCUCCGCCUCAUCAUCCGACACAUGCCGCUCCUGUCUCGACUCGACCUUAGUCACUGCAGCCACCUUACGGAUCAGUCGUCCAAUCUGCUCACGGCCGUCGGCUCUUCCACACGCAACUCCCUCACGGAAAUCAAUAUGGCGGGUUGCAAUAAGCUGACGGACCAGUCCCUGUUGUAUCUACGGCGCAUCUCCAACGUCACCCUGAUCGACCUUCGAGGCUGCAAGCAGAUCACGCGGAAGGCCUGCGAGCAUUUCAUCUCUGACCUGUCCAUCAACAGCCUCUACUGCCUGUCUGAUGAGAAGUUGAUCCAGAAGAUCAGCUAAAACCCACUCAGCCCCAGACUGAACAGGAAACAGAACCCCCCUCCCACUCCCCACUGCGGAGAGCUGCUCCCCCAUUCUGCACGGGCUUCGAGGCCGGCCUCCCGCUCCCCACUGCGGAGAGCUGCUCCCCCAUUCGGCGCGGGCUUCGAGGCCGGCCUCCCGCUCCCUCCGCUCUCCCAUCCCGGCCCCUUCUGGCACAGCAGGACGGGGCAGAGCGGGUGUUCCUGCCGCACGGUCCCACUGGCUGAGCACGAGGAUGACCGAGCUGCUCCCUGCUCUCCUUCCUCCCCUCCCUGCUUCCUUUCCUCCCUCUGACGAAAAAGGGAGACGACACCACAGGCGGUGCUGUUGAGGUGCUGACUCGGAGACCAAGCUCGCGGUUUGGGGUGCUGUGCCGAACCCCCUCCCCCUCUCCCAGCAGGGCCUGGGCCUGAGCGUGGCCCCUGGGAAAGGGGCCCAGCCUCAGAAGCUAGACUUUGCUGGGCGCUCGGCCCUGCCCAGCCGCGCCAAGGCCAGGCCUGCGAUCACACUGGUGCUGUUGAAUUUCCAGAGCCCCCGCCCUCUGCACCUUGGCCCGUCCCAGGCUCCCGGCUCGACAAACACUGUCCCCUGUACUUUGGCCGAGUCCACGUCAGAUUGCUGUGCACUUAAUUGGGCCGCUGCCCCGUGGACGCGCCGGGGCUCUUGGGACGAGCGGGCAGGCCCCCCACGGCCCCCUGCUGAAGGCCCUCCUCCCGCCCCGAGCUUCUUUUCUCUCUUUCUCAAGGGGGCUUUCCCUGGGUGUGUGUGCUUGGAGGGAGCGGGUGGGGGGUGGGGGGAGAACGAGGGCCAGACGUGGUCCCUGCUCUGCCGACUGCCUGCGAGGGUCUUGUCUUGUGUAUAGUCUGGUGACGCAAUCCUUGUUCUUCAGCUUAGAGAUAGACUGCGCUUCGGCUCUCCCCCCCACAGCGCUAGGCGCCUGGCCCCCGCCCCGGGGCCGGGGGUCCGCACGGGCCCGCGUGUAGGCGCCGGGGAGGGCCGGGGUCAGCGUGCGCCCCCUGCCCGCCGUGCCCGUCAGCUGCCCUCCCCGCCCCCUUUCUUUUGCAUUGAGCAGGCCGGUCCAAAGAUCCUCUCUCGGGCAGCAGAGAGCUUUUUGCACUUUAAAAAGAAAGAAAAGGUCGUGAUUUCUUUUUGGGUCAAUGUGGACGUGAGAGAGGAGGUGCUCACAGCAGCCGCCCUGGCAAGAGCUUACAAUGUUAUACGCAAAUUUGCACUCUGCUCCCCAGUCUGUAAGGAUGUUGAUAGAUAGCACAACCCGGUCCCCUUCCUUCCCGCCUCCCCUGCAGGCCCAGGCCUUCCCCUCGCCCUGCGCCGCCCUGCCCGCGGGAGGGAGGGAAGAGGAGCCCAGGCCAGGCGCCGCCUGCACCCUCGCUCUUCCCGAAGCAGGAGCGGGCGCAAGGGCUCCCCGGGGGGCGGUCGCCGCCGUGCCCACCUUUGACUCCUGUCUUCCAGGAAGAAGAGGCUCGGGAGGGGGUGGCAGCCCGUGGCACGGCUCCCGGCUGAUUGGCAGUGUGCCCCCUUCAGCCCUGGCCCCCACCCCGGGCAGAGGCCAUGUCAGGGACUUGAUUCCAGAGUGCCUCCGUAGGGGAACUUCUCGGUAAAGAAGCCUGGGUAUCGAGCAAAAACCUUUCUUAUUAAUAUUAUUAUUGCUAAUGACCUAGAAUUGGAAGCUUCCUGCCUUUUUUGGUUGCUCCUGUGGAAAAUACUGAAAGAAGACUUACUGUUUGUUUGUUUUUUGCCUUUUUGUGAAAGGGGAGGUGGAGAGACCCCCUCGCAGCAGGGAUUGUGCCGGGAGAGUGCCUCUGACUCGGGGGCGCCGUGGCCCCCAGACCCAUUUCCAAGCUGACCGGGGACUUGUCAUGUUCAGCUUGGAAACGCGGAAGCAUUUUCCCGUGCACAGAAAUCAGGAAUGGGAGCACACGAGCUUCCGCAGGCAGGCAGACACAUUCCCCCUGCUGGGUUAGCUCUCAUUGGGGGAGAAGAAGGGGGGGACAGGGGCCGCUCCCUGCCAGGCCGGCGCCGGCGGCAGGUCUUGAGCUGCCACAUCAGGGCCGGGGAGGGAAAAGGGCCUUCAGUCACGGGGCUCCCCCGGAAGCCCACACCUGGCUCCAGAGACAGCAGGGCGAGGCGCCGCCCCGGGCCCAGCCCCGGCCUCUGGCCUCCCUCCACCUUUCUGAGCACGGGGCUGACAACCACAGAGGAAAGGAAGAAAAAUGAUAUAUAUAUAUAAAUAUAUAUAUAAUAUAAAAUCACUUGGUGAUUCAAAAUAACUGCUCCAUAAAUAAAACUCCUAAAGUCACUAUGUUUAAAGGGUUUGGUCGUGCUUUUUGUUUCCCGGAGAAAUAUUGUAAAUAUCUAUUUUUUGUUGCUGAUUUAGAGUCAAUCUCCACUGUUGUGCUAAGAAUUUAAAUUAAAUGUAAGCAUUAAAGGGGAUAAGGCGUCUUUGGCAUCUCCGUGAACACCGGGGCUUCUUGGGGCGGGGCGGGGCCCGGAAGGAGGGGGAGCGGCUGGCAGGCGGCCCUCACUGGGUCCCGGAGAAGAGCGAGGCCGCCUGCUCUUGCUAUUACAGGGAUGGGAGAUAUUUGUGUAAUAAAUUUUAAGAUGGAAAAGAACUCUAAUGGAACAUUUUUAUUCAGGUGAGGGUUCUCGGAGGCUAUCGGGGUUUUCGUUUGUUUGUUUGGGGGAUUGAAUAAAAGAACAGUUUUUAAAAUUC